CCGCCCAAACCCUAUUUCCCUAUUUCGGUUUUGGUAAUAUUGAAUCUGCUGAUCUCGCCUCUUUUCCUGAUGCAAUUGUAGGUGAUUUGCUGAUUGGCUUGUGAUUUUCUUCGUCGAACCUGCCCCAUUCAGAACGAGGUUCCUGAAUUGGGCAUUAGCUCAAGAAGAAAAGGAAAAUGUGGAAUAGAUGGGUUUUUUUCACAGAUUUAGAUGGAGGGUCUGACGACAUUUUUCCUAUUCAUUUGGUUCCCCAGUUCAAUUCGUUUCUAGAAAAUUCUUUGCACCAUUCUAGAUACCUUUAUGCAUCUGGCAGGGUGGCUCUUAGACGCAUGUCGAAAUUUGCAGCUGCAUUUUUGUUUUGGUUCUCCAGUACAGCCACUUCAAAUUUGGUUAGGGAAAUAUCAGAUGCCCAACGUUAUUCAACAUCUGGAAACUGUCAAGCUGCGGUGCAAGUUAAGAAUGUGUCUUCGAGUAGGCAUAAUCUUUGGGGAUUUCUCUUUGAUUCUGGAUUAAAAGGAGAACCUGCCACCCCAUCCCCACUGAUUUUUGGUGAGAUUUCAAAUUUUGCAAUGAAACAACUAUCUAAGAGUGCUGAAGGGCUCCAAUCCUUUUCAAUUCUCUCAUUAGCUGCUGCUUUAAUACCACCAUUUGACAAAUUAUCUUCAAAGGUACUAUCUCUUCCACUGGAGAAUGCACAAAUACAGAUACAGGAACGCAUGGAUCAAAGACCUUGUGAGGUUGGGCAUAAUGGAUGUGGUGGUUUAUCUUUUCAAGACUUGAAUUGGCCAAGUCAUGCUGUUGAACCCAGGACAGGAAUUGAGUUUCCAGUGACAUUGGAUAAUCUUUUAGAUGAGCGAACUAAUGGCAGCUUAGCUGCUGAGGUUCUUGUUGGAACUGGAUCCAGAACUAUGAAAAUUAUUAAAAUUAAAUCUCUGAAGGUCUAUGCAUUUGGUUUUUAUGUUCAUCCCUACUCCAUAUGUGAGAAAUUGGGUCACAAAUAUGCUUCUAUUCCAGUGAGUGAACUGGACAAACACCAUGAUUUUUAUCAAGAUCUUCUCAGGGAGGAUAUUGGUAUGACUGUAAGGCUUGUGGUUAAUUGCAAUGGAAUGAAAAUCAAUACUGUCAAAGAUGCAUUUGAAAAAUCUCUGCGUGCUCGUUUACUAAAGACAAAUCCAAAUACUGACUUUAACUGCCUAAGAUCAUUUGGGUCUCACUUCACACAAGAUAUUGCGUUGCCUGCGGGCACAGUAAUUAAUUUUCGGCGAACAGUUGAUGGACAACUAAUUACCGAAAUUGGAGGCAAUCAGAUUGGAGUUGUCCACAGCAAGGAAUUAUGCACGGCUUUCUUUGACAUGUACAUUGGAGAUCUGCCAGUGUCAGAGCAAACAAAAGAAGAGAUUGGCAGAAAUGUUGCAAGUAUCAUUAGGAGAUGUUAAGCUGGUUUGUCUUCCUUCUCCAUUGUUGAAAAUUAUUAUUCAAGCAACUCGAUCUGCCCACAGGAGAACUGGAAAUUAUGAUUCAAAAUACAACCAUAUUUUUGGCUUUUAUCAUACCAUAACAAAUUGGUUAAUGACCACAACAGCAAAGAGAAUAUGCUCUGAAGACAGGUCUUGGCUGCUGGCCAUGCGAUUACUGAUUCUUUGUAGUAUUUGGGGAUAAGCAGCAGUGUAGCUUUCCCUAUAUAUACAAUGUCAUUGCUAUUAUUUUUAAUAUUCACAGAAAAAUAUUAGUUGUCUUCACUUUGCAAAAGAAAAAAUGACUUUAUUU